AUGACCCCAUCCCACCGAAUUGACCUGCUGACCGAUGCACUGCUACACUACAGUGAAAAAAUAAGAAACCAAGCCAAAGCCCUGUGUUCCAAAGCUGAGAAAACCAAUUCAGUUGAAGAGGAAGCAAAGACAGAAAUUGCUGAAAUCAUGAAACAAACAGGCCUCACCGAGCUGGAUGUACAGCGUUGGGCAGAACAUUAUAAGUCGGAGGCAAAGAAAACGAUUGAUUGGACGUGGGAGGAGGACUAUGUUCAGAAACUACUGGAACACCAGCAUCUGGAAGUCUUGAACCGCAUGGCCACCUCUGAUCCUGAGCUCAGAGCACGUUUGGAAAAGUCAGAGAGGCAGCUUCAGACAAUUGAGAGGAAACGUCAUGUUGGGGGAAGAUGGACUUUAAACACUGAAGCAUCUAGACACCUCCUUAGUGCCAUAGAUGACAAGAAACGGCAGCACGCACUGCAGGCAAUGUACAGGCUGGUCUUGGAGCGCAGGUUCCUAUGCGGCCUGGUGAGAAAAUAUGCUGAUGGACAGAAGAUAGCCAUCAGAUUGUCUAAAAAGAUCAAUGUGGUUGGCCAGAAGAUCAAGAACAAGGUCAAAGAGUACAACUCCACAGGAACAUCUAGCGCCUUGGUGUACCAUGAAGUCAUCCAGAUUGACAACCCCAUCUGGUCAACCAUGGUCCACUCCGAAAAAGAUGCGGACAUAUCUGUCAAACAGAUAUGUCAGAGACUUUUUGUUUUGUUGAACACCGCCGAAAGGGCAUCAGAAGAGAGAGAGUACUUGUCGGAGGAAUGCAUGGCAGGCAAGCUGUUCUAUGAGAAGCAGCUUGUAGAGGUUGAGAAAUGCCUCUUACCAGACAGUUUGCCGUCGGUGUCCUCUAGAGAGGACAAAGGAGCCCGUGCUGCAUUGCUUGCCAAGAAAAGAGAGUUUUUGUUCCUUCACUCAAAAUAUGUCAAUCUUGUCAAUCUUCUCAGAAGUACAGAUGUCAUUGAUGAGGUGAACAGCGCUGACUCUGACAUUAGUACGGACGAAGAGGAGGAUUAUGAUGAAGAGGAGGACCAAGCAGUGCAUCAUUCCUUGCCUGAGUGA